AUGCGAUUAUCGUGGACGUGUACCGGGCAGCUCCUGGUGCUGCUGCUCUCGGUGCUUCGUGUUACAGCAGCAGCAGCCAAUCUCGCAAACAACAAAACGCUAGCGAAACUCACCGGACAGUUGCAGUCCGCAUCAUUCACCCACAACGAGCUGCUGAUACGUGCGACAGCCGACAUCCUACUGCAGCACUACACCACCUUCACCAGCAAGCAGCUGUACGUGCGCUGGGAGGAUGGCGCUUCAGGCCCGAUAGUCGACGAGAUCCUGCGACGCACCGCCACCCAUCUGUCCGUGCUGGUCGAGCGGAAUCCACCGGCGACGCCGGCCGGCGGGCUCGACCAGUCCCACCACCAGCAGCUGCGCCUGCUCAACCUGCUGCUCGUGACGGACUGCGCCGAGUUCGAACACGUUGUCGCCGACCUUACCGACGAGCUGUACGACUAUUCCGGCCUCUACACGGUGCUGCUGGUCGGUGCGUCCAGCAAGCGCCAGCACCUGGAAACGGCCGGCAUCAUCCUGCGCACCCUCUGGGCACUGUACAUCGUGAACGUGGUGGUGCUGAUAGGGGACGGGCGACAGCAGCAGGCGGACGGUGACGACGAUGACGACGAUGACGUGCGGCUCUACACGUACUUCCCGUACGGCGAGGAUUACUGCGAGCGUGCCCUGCCCGUGGUGUGGAACGUGUACGAACGGGGCGUCGGCUUUGUGCAUCGCGAGCACAGCCCGUUCCCCCCGAAGCUGGACAACUUUUACCACUGCCCGCUGGCGGUGGUCACCUUUCCCGUGUAUCCCUUCAUCAUACCGAGCGCGAUGAUGGCGAACCUAUGGCCGGGUCAUGCCGAGCGCACCGAGCAGGAGGAGGAGGAGGAGCUGAAAGGCAUCGAGGCGAUGGUGCUGCGGACGCUGCGCCAGCGGCUCAACUUUCGGCUGCAGCUGAUGAACGUCGAUCCGCCCGACUGGGGUACGGCGGGGCCGCGCGAUCAAGCCACCGGAGCCUCCGCUUACAUUCGACAUCUUCGCGCGAACCUAACGAUCGGCUACUGGGCGACGACCCUGCACCGCAACCGGUACAUGGCGAGCAGCUUCGCCUACUACACCUCCCAGCUGGUGCUGGCCGUGCCGCCCGGCGCACCGUACACCUCGCUGGAGCUGCUCCGCUGCCCGCUGGCCAAACCGAUCUGGACGUUUCUGCUCUGCUCGCUCGCGGCCGGGCUGGUCGUGAUCGGGUGGCUCCGGUGGGCCGGCUCGCCCACCGCCCGGCACUUCGUGCUCGGGCACAACGCGCCCAGCCGCGCCUGGCCGGCCAUGAUCGCCGUGCUGCUCGGUGCCGGCCUGUCCCGUGCGCCCCGGGGCAGCUUCGCCCGCGCCCUGCUGCUCUGCUGGCUCGCCGGCACGCUGGUGCUGCGCAGCGCCUACACCGGCUCGAUGAUACGGUUUCUCCAGUCCGACCGCAAUCACACCGUGCCGGCCAACCUGCCCGCCCUGCUGGACGCCGGCUACCAGCUGUACAUGUACCGGAACUACAGCUUCGUCUUCGACGCCUACCCGCACAUCGGGCGGCGCGUCCAGCUCGUCACGGCGCACCAGUUCCGCACGGUGAUUGUCCGCCGGCUGCAACGGCCUGGCGCGCGGCUCUGCGUACUGCUGCCGCUCGAAACGGUCACCUUUCUGAACCGGAAUCUGACGCGCACCGGCCAGCUGCUGCGCAUUGCGCGCGAGCGCGUAACCGUCGCCAAGCUGGCGAUCUACACGCAGCGGACGUCCGCGCUGCUCGGUCCGCUGAACAAGCUGCUGGAGCGGUUCGUCGCCUCCGGGCUGCUGCACCGGUGGGCCGCCCAGUACCACCAGCUGCGGUUCCUGGCCAACCCGUACCAGUACCGGGGCCGGCAGCAGCUCGUGCUCGCCGACAUGGACGGCCCGUUCGACAUACUGCUGGUCGGGCUGGGCCUAGGCGCCGGCACCUUUCUCAUCGAGCUCGUCGUUGGGCGUUGGGGAAGGAAAAACGCAACUUACAAAGAACUGUAA